UGUCAGCUGCCCGAUGGGACAUGCCCCAGAGCCGCUCGGCCACCUGAAGACCCCAGGAAGGAUGGAGGUGCCCAACACCAAGCCCCGGCGAGCUGCCUGCCUCCUGCUCCUGCUCCUGCUCUGCUCCCUGGCUGCUGCCCGGCAGAGCCUGCCCCACUGCUGCCGGCAGAAGACCUGCCCCUGCCGUGUCUACGACCUCCUGCACGGCAUGGGCAACCACGCUGCUGGCAUCCUCACACUGGGCAAGAGGAAAAGCGUCCCCCUGGCCUUCCAGAGCCGGCUCUACCGCCUGCUCCAUGGCUCCGGCAACCACGCUGCGGGCAUCCUCACAAUGGGCAAGCGAGGGCAGCACUCUGGCACCGUCUGCCACGACACGCUGGGCUGCCCUGCGGGCACGGUCGCCCAGCCGACAGCGGUGCCGCGAGGUGCCGCCACCAGCCAUGGCGGCGCCAGGGAGUGCCAGGGACACUCAGGGAAGGACCUGAGCACGAGCCAGGCCCAGGGAGCUGCAAGGAGCUUUUACUGAAUGGGAUGGGGGCAGCGGGACAGAGAGAGGAUCCCCGGCAGGAUGGGCUCCGGGGACACACAGCCGGAGCUCAGUGUAAAUAGCACUUUUAGAUACCUCCUCCCAGCCCUGGCCCUGGCCCAGCCUGCUCAGGGCACCGCGGGCACCGCGGCGUUUUACAAUAAAUGGUAGCCUGAUGUCA